CGAGUAGUAAAAGAAUCAUAUCAUAUCACCCUUUUUUUUUAAAGAAAAGACCAGACAGGAAAGAGAACCCAUCCAUUUGAAAACUUCCAUUUUCCAAGCUGAAAUCACAAGCACAAGCACAAAGCUGCAACGUUUUGAGAUCCCAUUUCUUGGUUUUGAGUUGUGUGGUUUAUGAGUUGAAAGUGUUAUGGAAGACACAUUGGGACAGCUAAAGAUAACGGUUGUACGAGGGAAAAAGCUAGUAAUCCGUGACUUCAAGAGCAGUGAUCCUUAUGUCAUUCUCAAGCUUGGAAAUCAGACUGCAAAGACGAAGGUCAUAAACAGCUGCCUAAAUCCUGUUUGGAAUGAAGACUUCAGUUUCUCUUUAUCUGAACCUGCUGGAGUUCUGAAACUGCAAGUGUUCGAUAAGGACCGCUUCAAGGCUGAUGAUAAAAUGGGCCAUGCCCAUCUUAACCUUCAGCCAUUGAUGGCCGCUGCGAGAUUGAGGCAAAUCGUUGGAAUUUCUUCUGAAGGGUCAAUCUUGAGGAAGGCCAUACCCGAAAGCGACAAUUGUCUGGCAGCAGAUAGCUCGAUUCUCUGGGUCAACGGUGAGGUCGUGCAAGAUGUUUGGUUGAGGCUCCGCGAUGUGGAAUCCGGGGAGAUAGAGUUGAAAGUCAAGUUAACGAAUCUUCCCGUUCCUCCAUCAAAGUAGAGUGGAAUAUCGGAAUUUAAGUCGUUCAGGCAAGUUGUAGUAUCUCUUGUGCAUCUUUCUGUAGUGAAGGAACAAUCUGGAGAUUAAUCUCUCUUUCUCUUUCUCUGUUUAUUUUUAUUUUUUAAUUUUAGUUGAAGCAAUGGGUUGCUGUAAUGUAUUUGUUAGCUAUCCUGACCACGAAAAGAAUGUUGUGUUGUAACUUGUAUAGAGAACAUUGGGCAUUAUGUUACAGCUAAGUUUAUCAGUAAA